AUGAUUCUUAGAUUUACGCAGCGAUUUAAUCUGGUGUAUUGGCAGGCGAACUAUGUGCCAGUGCAUCGCAGCCCAGCUCCACGCUGCGCAGCAGCUCAGGAUGUGCCCGACACAAGCAAAAGACAUCUUCCAAAGCGCCCAAAGUCUGGCCCGCGACAGCGCAACCGGGCCCCGAUCCAACCCCAGGCGCCGCCGCCGAUGGGACGGAACUCGCAAGACAACCUAUUUUUAGAGCCAGGACAAUUUGAUUUUCAGCAGCAGAUGGACCUCAUGCAGCAAGCCUUUAACCAAAUGUCGGAUAACGAGCGCCAAGCGUUCCUGGCGUACCUCGCCAGCCAGGAAGCCCUCGCAGUGCUGGAAUCCUCCGCCUCCUCCUCCUCUUCGUCCCCGCGCUCAUCCCCGGAGCAGCAACAAGCACCGAACGCACAGCACGCGCAGCAGCAACAGCAGCAGCAGCAACAGGGCCCGGCGUCUGACAUGUUGUCAGCCUCCGAAGCACGGGUUGCCGCGGCAGAAGCCCGCCAUAAGCUGUUGUCCGAGGUUUGGCGCCUGCUGCUAGACUCCCUGCCAAAGCGGGACGCGGCCAUCCUAACGAAGGCCUUGCCACGGGGAUGGUACGGCGCACGUGAUCUGUCGCGUCGCGACGUCAUGGAGGGCCUAAACCGGUUGACGCGAGCGGAGCUGCGGCGGCUGCCGCGGGUUUUAAAGCAAGUAGACGAGCUACAAGCUACAGCCGGCGCCGUCGCGGCGGUUUUUGAGCAGGACAGCAGGCUGCAUGCGACCCGACGGCGGCGUCUUGCGGCUCAAAAGGGCCUUACACUGCCAGCGGAGGAGGACGGGAAUGGGGAAGGCGAGGAGGAAGAAGAGGAGGAAGAGGCGGCGGCGGGGUCGACAGUGGCGGCGGAAUUGACGCCACCGGCCAAUCUGCAAGAGCUUCUAGGUGUCGUACAGCGGCGGCUGCGUGAGCAGCUCCGUACAAUCGAAGCGCAGGAGGAGCAGCCGCUGCGGGAUGAAGAUCACCCGCUGCAGCGAGUACGGCUGGGGCCUCCAGACCUGUACGGCGACGAGUACUACAAGGAACCGUACGUGUCGUAUGAUGAGCAAUACGGUGUCACAUGGCGCUGCAUGGCACGUGUGUUUAAAAUCUUCAGGUUGUACUCGGAGCUUUCAGACUUGGUCGCGGCGGCGGCGGCGCCACCGCGGGGGCCUGGCGGCAUGCCGCUGACGGGACGAGCGGCGGCGAUGUACGAACAGGAUCUAGAGCAGCGCAGUGACGAUCUGGCGGCGCAGCUGGUGGCCGCUGAUGACCCAUGGGUCGGCUCCGGAGCGGUGCGGCGGCCGGCUGGGGUUGAUGGCGGGGCCACCGGAGGCGACGAAGGUGGUUUAGCGCUGGAUUUGGACGAGCAAUCAGUAGCUCGUCUGGGUCAAUUUAUUCGCGCGGCAGCCAAUUGGGAGGCAUACAAGGCCUUUCUGGAAAUGUACGGCACCCGCCAUCCGGAGCUUGAGCUAGGGACGGUGAUGCGGGCCGCUGGCAUGAGCGACGGGGACGAAUGGUGGGUCCAAAUGCCGGACUUUGAUUUUGGCGGCCGCAGCUCCUCCUCCGCCUCUGCUGCUACUGCCACUGCCACCCCAGCCGACAGCGGUGUCGGUGUCGACGACGGCGAUUCGCUUCCGUCGCGGCCGAGUGUUGACUGGUCUCGUGUGGAGGCUGUGGCGAGUCUCGACUUGGACGUGUUGGCGUUCCUGACCGAUUUGGAGGCGACCAGGUACUCCGAGGACACCUUCAUGAAGUGGUACUUCCAUCCGGUGAUGGGGCCUAGGAUCCGAUCUGGAACGUUGCUGGACCCCAGCGUACGGCAAUCGGCUGACGGCGGCGGCACUGGAGACGUCCAGGACAAGGAAGGAAAGGAAGGCGUACCUACGGGAUCUGGAUCUGGAUCUAGGUUGGAUUCUGGAUCCGGGUUAUUGGAUCCAGCUGCGCUGCUGGCGCAGCUUUUGGGCGGUGGUGGGGCCAGCAGUGCCGGCGGCGGCGGCGGAAGUAUGCCGCAGAUGGUGGUGGAGGCGAUGGAGGAGGCGAUGCGGGGUGGGGCUGGGGGAAGGGGCGGAAUGGAAGAGGCGUUGCCGGGCGGGGAAGCUAGGACGACAACCGGCAGGGGCAGUGGAGGCGGGAAUAGGAGUGGGGAUGGGGGAGUGGCAGCUGGUAGUGGCCUGGGAAAAGCAAAGGGACUGGGCAGGAAAGGGACGCGGGCUUGA